AAAAUAAAGAGACAUAGAGAGGACAUGUGGAAUGACUCUGACUGGUGAGACUUGGAAUCAAACUUGCCAGGAAGGCAAGUGAUAUAAGGACACAGAGACAAGUGGAGAAAUCAUCUUAGUUGGGGUGCAGCAGGACUGCGCUAUGAUUCUGCCUGUGGUGGUUUUGCUGGUGCUCCUGUUGCUCUCUGGACCAGAGUCAUCUCUCCAGGCAGACACCCAGGAGAUCGGGAGCAGUGAUGACAUGCUGGAGAGAGAAUACCUCUAUGCUCCACGUGAAAAACGUGCUGUGGUUGACCACAGUGCCACCCAAACAGACAAAUGCUCUUAUACCUUCAUUGUGCCUCAGCAGAAGAAUAACGGGGCCAUCUGUGUGAACUCGAAAGAACCUGAGGCCCUGCUGGAGAACCGGGUCAACAAGCAGGAGCUGGAGCUGCUCAACAGUGAGCUGCAGAAGCAGCGACGGCAGAUCGAGGCUCUGCAGCAGUUGGUAGAAGUAGAUGGGGGUGUGGUCAACGAGGUCAAGCUGCUGCGCAAAGAAAGCCGCAACAUGAACUCCCGUGUUACGCAGCUCUACAUGCAGCUGCUGCAUGAGAUUAUCCGCAAACGGGACAAUGCUCUGGAGGUGUCACAGCUGGAGACCCGUGUGCUCAACCACACAAAUGAGAUGGGGAGGCUAGCUUCACGCUACCGCGAUCUGGAACAUAAGUACCAGCAUCUGUCAUUACUCGCAAGCAACCAGAGCGCUCUGCUGGUGCAGCUGGAGGAGCACUGCAAGCGGGGAGGAUACUCAUACGGUGUGGUGCAGGGAAGCAGAGAGGUGGUGGAGAGGAUCCGUCCUGUCCGUCCACAGCCUCCAGUGAUCCCUCAGCCUCCCCUACAGAGACCUGCAGUGUCUCCUGGAGGCGGAGGCUACAGACCCUUUCAUCCACCCACCUACACCCGCCACACCAGCAACCCCAUGACUAAUGAGAUACAGAAUGACCAGAACGCCAAAGCAUUACCACCUCCACUGCCCACAAUGCCAAGUGCUACAUACAGCUUCACAAACGAGCCCUCUGGUCCAUUCAAAGACUGUCUGGACGCUCUGGAGGGAGGAUACUCUGCCAGUGGCAUGUACCUCCUCAAACCAGAAAACAGCAACCGCCUCAUGCAGGUUUGGUGCGACCAGAGACACGACCCUGGUGGCUGGACUGUCAUCCAGAGACGUCAAGAUGGCUCUGUCAACUUUUUUAGAAACUGGGAUACUUACAAGCAAGGGUUUGGAAACAUUGAUGGUGAAUACUGGUUAGGCCUAGAGAACAUCUACUGGCUGACUAAACAGGCCAACUACAAGCUGUUGGUGACCCUGGAAGACUGGACUGGACGCAAGACUUUCGCAGAGUAUGCCAGCUUCCGUGUCGAGCCUGAGGCUGACUUCUACAAGCUGAAGGUGGGCCGAUACCAUGGCAACGCUGGAGACUCUCUUACCUGGCACAAUGGCAAGCAGUUUACCACACUGGACAGAGACCAUGAUGUUUACACAGGUAACUGUGCCCACUACCAGAAGGGAGGAUGGUGGUAUAACGCCUGUGCUCAUUCAAACCUAAACGGCGUGUGGUACCGGGGUGGGCAUUACCGAAGUCGCUACCAAGAUGGAGUCUACUGGGCUGAGUUCAGGGGUGGAGCUUAUUCUCUGAAGAAAGUGACCAUGAUGAUACGACCCAAUGCGAACACCUUCCAUUAACACUUCAGUCAUUCAACAAUCAACAGAUUUUACUGGACAAGCAAUUCCUCCGAAGGGAUUCCACCUCUAUAUCACAAAAACAGGCAUUCUUGAUUUGAACGUCAGUCUUCGCUUUUUUCUGUUGGCUGCUUUACAUUCAUAAUGUUGCUUCUAACUGUGCUUUUUAAGAUGUUAUUCUUUCUACAGGUAUAUGUUUUACUUAUCUUGGUGGGCUUAUGAAGGAUUAUUGCACACAAAUCAACAAAAGCACACAGACAUACAUUAAGUGGCUUUAAGACAUUUCUAUGUAUGUUUUUGUUGAUUUUGUUGGUGUGCACAACUUCAAUAAAUACAAUAUUGUUAGCAGGAUUGUUUUGUCAUGUACAGAAUAAACCACAUCGCUUUCUUUCUAUAUCACUGUAAAAUAUUAACACAAGAAUGUAUAUCCAGAGAUCAGAACUGCCGAUUUGCAAUAAUCUCAUACCUUACAUUACCAUUGGUGCUUACUUGUAUAAUAUAGACUGAGAUCAGUCCUAAAGGAGAAAAUUCCAGUUAUUUAUUUUGAUACACUUUUCUAGAACAUUUUUAGUAAUCUUUUCCUCCAUCAUUUCCUAUUCUGCCUAGUUUUGGAUAAAAGGUCUACUGACUGUUAAGUACUGUAUGUGACCAAAGUACAAAGUUCGACAGGUCAACUUUUUUUGAAUUUAAACAUUGACUGUGGACUACACAGUUAUCAGUGAAUACACUAAACUAUUCUAUAAUGCUUGUUAGGUCUUUAUAGUGAGAUUAGAAGCUGUGAGACAAACUGUUGUUGCCAUUAAUGGUGCAGAAGCAGCCCUUCUGAGACGAUCUUCUCAUGUCCUGAUCAACCGUUGAUGGGACCACUGUUAAAAUGUCCCAAAUGUCUGUGCAUUUAUGUGUUUUUGAAAGAUGAUGCUAAUGCUUUCAUCCUGAAGAUUCUGGUACUCAAUAUUUUGUGCCACUACUCACUAACUUUACUGUAUUGAACCAUUUCAUGCUCAGAAGGAUAUUCAUAUUUACAUAGAUCAUUCUAGAUAGAUCGCUCUAUAGACAGACAGCUUGGCUCUGUCCAAAGUUUUAAAAAAUGAACCCCACAAAUCUGAUUACCACAGUGCUUCUUGUUUCGUUAAUUCUUACAUAACUAGAAAUGUAAAAUCAACAAUAUGAGGUUUAGGGAGAGGUUAGACUAGGCUAAACCAAUAAGUAGCUACACUACACUACGCAGUCCGGUGUGUGUACAACUCAGUUUUUCCCUCUACCCACCAAAGGUUUCUGAUCUGUUGAAAAGAUCACUGUCACUGUAUUAGUAUGCAGAUACAGUAUGUACCAGGUACUCUGUGUAUAUAUAUGCUGUUUCAUUAAGAGUAUUUUUAUAGUCUGUAUGUUAUCAAUCUUGCAAUAAACCAUGUAC